UGUGUACCUACAGAGGUAAAAGAGACCCGGCGUCCAUUGGCUCAUGAGUGCCUUGGGGAAGCACUAAGACUCCUUCGCCAAGUAAUCAACAAAUAUCCUCUGCUCAACACUGUAGAGACUCUGACUGCAGCUGGGACCCUCAUCUCCAAAGUUAAAGGUUUCCACUAUGAAGCAAGCAUUGAAAAUGAGAAGCGUGACUUCGAGAAGGCAUUGGAGAGCAUGGCUGUGUGUUUUAGCAGCACAAUCUCAGAAUUCCUUAUGGGAGAAGUGGACAGUAGCACCUUAUUAUCUUUACCACCCGGGGAUCAGAGCCAGUCCAUGGAGAGCUUAUAUGGUAGUCUUUCUGGAGCCGAGAGUACACUGGCCAGUGCAGAAUAUGUGGAUGCAGGAAACCCUUUGGGUGACGAUGUGGACAUUAUUCUACAGAAAAGUGAAGGAGGUGUACGAGCAGCUUUUUUUUAUGCAAAAAAAAACUUGCAAAAUACAUGAAAGAUCUGACCAGUUAUAUCGAGAAGAGGACAUUGCUGGAGAUGGAAUAUGCUAAGGGACUUCAGAAACUGGUCAACACCACCAAAGGUGUCAUAACACAAGAGCCAUGUAUGCCUUUCCAGUCCAUCUAUUCAGUAGCUUUGGAGCAAGACCAAGACCAUGCACAUGGAGUCCUCCACACAUCUUUAACACUUCAACAGCAAACAUAUCUGCAGCCAGUGAAUAUGAGACGUUUAGAACAUGAGAAACGCCGAAAAGAGUUGAAGGAGCAAUGGCAGCGAGCGGAGCGUAAACUGAUGGAGGCAGAAGUAAACCUUAGAAAAGCAAAGCAGAUAUAUAUGCAACGUAGUGAAGAGCAUGAAAAAGCACAGUAUUAUGCAGCACGUGCUGAAGAGGAGCAGAGUCACAGCGGUGCCAAAUCAGUUGACAAAAAAAGGAGAGCCGAGGAAGAAGCUAAAAACAGAGCAGAGGAAGCAAUGGCCACUUACCGCACAUGCAUUGCAGAUGCCAAGACACAGAAGCAGGAGCUGGAAGAUGUGAAAGUGAAUGUUCUUCGUCAUCUACAAGAGCUUAUCAAACAGACAGACCAGAUCCUACGUUCGGCCACCAUAUCCUACUAUCAAAGCAUGCACAAGGAGACAGCUCCCCUGCCUGUUGGAUUCCAAACGCUGUGUGAAAGCAGUAAGCUAUAUGACCUGGGACAACAAUAUGCAUCAUAUGUCCGACAGCUUGGAGCUGAUGUGGAGAGAGAAACAUCCUAUGACUUCCAGCCAUACACGCCACAGAUAACAUUGUCCCCAUAUAUUCGGAGUCGAAAAUCAAGUCUAUCGUCCCAGGAAUUUCCUCCUACAGAAAAUAAGGAGCCUACAGCGGAGGAGAAAGUUGUGGAGAGAAGAGAUUUCCCAGAAAAGCUAAUACAGCCUCUUACCCCAACUGAAGACACAGAAAACAAAAGACUGACAUCACUAGAACAAGGCAUUAAUGGGAUCCCUGCUGCCUUGGAAGUGCCCCUGCCUACUGGGCCAUUUCGUAAUGUUGGCUUAUCUCGGGCUGCUCGAACACACAAGCUGCGCAAGUUGCGAACGCCAAGCAAAUGUCGGGAGUGUAACAGUUAUGUGUACUUUCAGGGAGCAGAGUGUGAGGAGUGCUCCCUUGCUUGUCACAAGAAAUGUUUGGAAACUCUGGCUAUUCAGUGUGGACACAAGAAAUUGCAGGGUCGGCUUCUUUUGUUUGGCAGAAACUUCUCAGAGGCAGCACAAAGGUCUCCAGAUGGAGUGCCUUUCCUGAUCCACAAGUGUGUCUCUGAGAUAGAAGCACGUGCUCUAACUAUGAAGGGUAUAUACCGAGUGAAUGGUGUAAAGACUCGUGUGGAGAAGUUUUGUGUCAAGCUUUUGAAAAUGGCAAGGAGCUAGUUGAACUUUCUCAGGCAUCACCUCAUGAUCUGAGUAAUGUUCUUAAACUUUAUCUUCGACAGCUACCUGAGCCUCUAAUGCCAUUCCGGCUGUACAAUGGCCUUAUGGGUCUUGCAAAGGAAAGCCUACGUGGUUGCGAGACAGGUAAGCCGUCCCGACUGGAGAACAAAGGACCAGAUACUGAACCAGAGGUACAAGCCAUGGUGGAAAAACUUAAGGAACUGCUGAUGGAGUUACCUCAUGAAAACAAAGUCACUCUGCAGUAUUUGAUAAAGCAUUUGUGCAGAGUUUCAGAACUUGAACAACAGAACAAGAUGAGCCCAAGCAACAUAGGUAUUGUUUUUGGGCCUGCAUUGAUGCGACCACGCCCUACAGAUGCCACUGUAUCUCUAUCAUCUCUUGUGGACUAUCCUCAUCAAGCACGAAUUAUUGAGGCACUCAUUGUCUUCUAUGAUGAAAUCUUUGAGGAGUCACCCUUAGACCUAGACAGAGUGUCAAAAAACAGUGAUGAGACAUCUUCACAAGGAGCUGUCCCCAGGCUUCAAAUCGCUACUGAAGAAGAAGAGACCAGUGUGGCCAGAGAGUAUCGAACUGCAACAUUCAGAGAAUCAGUUGGAUCUGUGGACUCAGACUCUGAAUCAGAUGGUGGAGAAGACUUGCCCAGGCAAUGGGAAACCAUGGCCACUUGUGCUCAACUUUCAAAAGAAGCCAUUCAAACUGGCACAGAGGACAUCCCAUACAUUGGAACAGAUGUACAGUCUGAGUCAGAAGAAGACAAUGCUAAGUGUCAUGAUCUAGCAGGAAACAACACAAAUCAGUCUAACAAUGUGCUAUUAACCACUCAAGUUAGGAGGACCCCUUUGCAUUGCCGUCGUACUCGUCCCAUUAUCCGUCUGUUACAAGGGAGAACUGUGUUGAGCUCUUCAUCUGGCCGCUACCCUCAGUUUGUAUAG